UACUUGAGAAGCAAUAUUCAAGCACAGAAUCUUCUGUCACUCAGCUGAACUCCCAUCUCCUGCCAACAUGUCCUACAGCUGCUGUUCUGGAAACGUCGCCUCCCAGUCCCUUGGGGGCUACCUGCGCUACCCAAGCUCCUCCUGUGUCUCUUCUUCCCCCAGCAACCUGGUCUACCGCACUGACCUCUGCUCUCCCAGCCCCUGCCAGCUGGGAUCCUCUCUCUACAGCAGCUGUCAGGAGACCUGCUGUGAGCCCACCAGCUGCCGGACGUCCUGCGUGGUGUCCAGCCCCUGCCAGACGUCCUACUCCCUCCCGAGGACCUCCACAUUCUGCAGUCCCUGCCAGACGACUUAUUCUGGGUCUGCCAACUUUGGGUCCAGAAGCUGCUAUUCUCUGGGCUGUGGAUCCAGUGGCUUCAGACCCAUGGCUUGCAGAGUCCAAGGUUUCCCUUCCAUGAGCUAUGGAUCUCAGUUCUGUCACCCAUCCUUCUUGACUUCUAGGACCUUCCAGUCUUCUUGUUACAAACCAAUGUGUAGAUCUGGCUUCUACUGAUCACUUUACUAAAUUUCUAACCUUAUUGUUCAUCUCACUAAUACCUUUACUCAUAACCUUUAUUGUCUUCAUCACUUGCAGGAAGAAUUAGCUUCUUAUUCUUUGAUUAUCAAAUUCUCACCUAGUGUCUGCCCCCAAAUACUGGCUGACAGAUUUUAUUUGAAAAAUUCUCCAAUGAAUAUACUCCCUGAGCAUAAGGUCUAAAGUCUGCAUUGCAGAUAAGAUUCAUGUUAUUGGAUUUUCUUCCAAAAUUGUAUGAAAAACCAAAUGACUAUAAUCUAAUAAACUUACUGCUUCUGAUA